AUGCCGCUGGCCACCCCUGCUGCCGCGGGCCGCACUGCGGCCGCGCCGCGGCCGAUGACAGAGUGCCCCGCGCAGCUGUUCCUGCCGGCGCCGGCCACCCUCAGCCGCGGCGCCAGCGCCUUCCUGUCAGGCACCCGCCUGCCACAGCCGCCCUCCCCGGCCACCCUUUCGGAGAGCGCCGACCCAACAGCCCAAGCGCGGCGGGCGGCGGAGGCGCGGCGCGACGCGGAGCGGCAGCGCGCCAAGGACGCGGCCGCCUGGAAGCUGCCCUCCGAGCGGUACCGCGCCGUUUACGUAAUGCGACACGAGGUGACGUCACUCGGCGGCGUCCAGUCGGUCCUGGCGGAGCCGCGGCCCGGGCUCCGGGCCGACGGGCGGCCCGCAGGUGGCGUCGGAAGCCCUGCGGCCGACAACUCAUCUGCGCUGCUCUUCUUUCACGGAGGCGGCUACCGCCUGGGGGACCCCCGAGCAAUGUUCUUCGCGUUCGCACCGCUCGCCGCCGCCGCGGCCCUGCCGGCCUACGCCCCUGCCUACCGAUUGGCCCCGGAGCACCCCUUCCCCGCCGCCUUGGACGACGCGCUCGCCGCCUACAGCGCCCUGAUAAGGAGGGUCGACCCGGCGCGCGUCGCGCUCGCCGGCGACUCUGCCGGCGGCGGCCUCGCGGCCGCGCUGCUGCUGCGCGCGGCGGGGGAGGGGCUGCCGCUGCCGGGCGCGGCGGUGCUGUUCAGCCCGUGGGCGGUGCUGAAGGGGGGCGUCACUGACACGUCUGUCACGCUGUGCUGCGCGGAUCCCAUGCUCAACCCCGACGCCCUGGCAGCUGCCGGGAAGCUGUACGCCGGCAACGCCAGCGCCGACGACCCCCUGCUGUCGCCCGCCUUCGGCGACUACGGUGCCGCGCGCGCCAAGGCGCGCGGCGGCCGCUUUCCUCCGGUGCUCAUCACGUGCGGCACGCGGGAGGUGCUGCUCAGCGAUGCCGUGCUGCUGCGGCACCGCAUGCGCGCGGGCGGGGUCGACGCCAGCAUAAGCCCCUACGAAGGAAUGUGGCACAGCUUCAAUUCGCGCGGCAGCCCGGGGGCGCUCGACCUGCCAGAGGCGGCGGCGGUCAUCACAGAGGCGGCCGAGUUCAUACGCAAACACAUCCCUCACAGACAGGGCGGCGUCGGCGGCGUCGGCGGGGCUGCCAGCGGCAGCGACGGCACGGAGGGUGGGGGCAGCAGUGGUACUGCCAGCGGCGGCGGCGGCGGCGGCGGCGUUGAGGGCAGCAGCAGAGGGGGCGGCAACUCGAGCAGCGGGGGAUUGGGGGCAAAGGCUCCAGGGGCACGAUGA